AUGCUUCCUGUGCAAACCAUGCAGAAUACUCAAAUCAGUUUCUUCAUAAAUGGUUCAGAGGAAGAUAGCACUGCUUUUGAUCUGCAGCUUCUCACUGAACAAUUUGCAGAUUGUGAUUUUACAAGGACUGAGCAAUGUAUUGGUAGAUUGCAAAAUUUACAGUUCAGUCAAAAGUCCCUCACAAACAGGGAAAUUCAUGAAGUGCUUUGUGGAAAAUUACCAUGUAUACACUUCCAGACAAAUUGUCACUUCCCAGGGAUCCAUCCACGUGUUUCUACAUUUGUUCAAAGGUUUUGUGUUCCAAGUGGUGCAGAUUAUUUUGCCAGAGAUUAUACAAAUAUAUAUGGAAUGGCCAAUAAUGCUCUGAUGCAUCUUGAUUCUGUGAAUUCUCUUCAGAUCCCUCAGAACAUUCAGCAUGUACAUGGAAAUGUGACUUACAGUAUUUUGUCUCCUGUGUACAAUGAUCCUAAUGAACUUAAGUUCUUCAGAAAAUUUGUCAGUGCUACUGCUGUGAGAAUUCAUCUGAGAGGCCAACAUCACACCCAACAAAUGUCAGUGAAUUUGAGGCACAGAAAUUAUAGACUGUGUAACUGCCAUGGUCAUGCUGAUCAUUGUACUUCAGCCAAUCCAUACAAAUGCACAUACUUGCAUGAGAGCCACACAGAGGGCAAUAAUUUUGAGCAGUGCCAGCCACUUUUCAAUGAUAAGCCUUUCCAUCAGGGUGAUCAACUUCAUCCUUAUAACUCUUGGUUCUAUCGUUGCUACUAUGACACUUCCAUAGAUCAGUUCCACUGUACCUACUUUAGAUGUGGUGGUAGAAUUUGUGAUGACUACCAAUAUUACACUGCUGUAAAAAGAAAUUGUGAUCAGUGUAAAGACUCCUUUUACUGAGAAGUUGGUGUCAGCUCUUUCUCAACUGAAGUGUGUAAACCUUGUGAUUGCUUACAAUCUGGAGUCAUAAAUGGGAGCCUCCUGUGAAUUCAGAUUGGAGACCAGUGUAAAUGCAAGAGACGCGUGUCUGGCAGACAGUGUAAUCAGUGCCAGGAUGGAUUCUAUAAUCUGCGCUUCUCAGACCCUGAUGGCUGCGGUCCUUGUAACUGCAAUACCUCUGGGACAGUGAAUGGAGAUAUUACCUGUCACCAAAAUUCAGGUCAAUGCAAGUGCAAAGCAAAUGUUAUCGAGAUGUUAUGUGAAUGUUGCAUUUUUGAUUUGAAACUACUGGACAAUUCAAACUCAAACAAAUGUGAGUCGUGUAACUGCAACAUUAAUGGCUCUGGGAACCCAUUCUGCAUAUACAGUGGUUGGGGUAACUGUAAUCCAGAAGUAAGAGGAAGAGGAUUUCAGUGUGACAUUUGCAUAGAUAAUUACUAUGGCUUGAUGGGUAGUUGCAACCUUUGUGACUAUAACCUAUUCGGGUCAAUCACUGGAAGUGUAUGUGAUUCGAAAACAAGCCAGUGUUUUUGUACACCUAAAGUUGGAGGACAGUGGUGUGAUGUUUGCCUGGAUGGGGAUUCCAAGCUGCAUCCAACUAACUCCUUGGGAUGCUUACCUUGCAUUUAUAGAUACACCAAUAAAUUGCAAGAAAUCCACAGGGAUCAAAGCAUCAGGAUUGUUAAGGUGUCACAGGAUAAAGUGUUUAUCGACAUCUUUCAGUGUCUGGGCUACAUCACGACCACUGCGAGGAGCAAUAUUUUGGUUUUAACCCUGGAAACAGAAGCACCCUUGUUUAUGGCUGCCCCAUCAGUUUUCUCAAUUUCAUCAACUACUUCAAAUGUCAGGGACGUUGGUGUACAAAUACAUAGAUCCUUGAAAGUGGCAACACAGGAAGAUAAUGUAGUUCGGAAGGCAUAUGGGAUACUGGCCUUUAUGAAUUGGGGCAUUGAAUUCAGAGUGACAGAUUUGAAACCCUACAGAAUUUUCAGCUCUAUAAUUACUGUCUGAAAUUGGAUUGAUUGUAUAACAAGUGACCCAUGCUCAGGUCAAACACUAACCAUACUUUGUUACAUUACUUCUGAUACCAUGGAAUCUCUGACUGUAGGUAAGCUGGAAGUUAAGGGCUUGUUUGAGGAGCUGAUGAUUUGGCAUCUGCUCACAUCCUCCAUCCAGUCGACUCCAGCAGGGCAAAGUUCACUUAGAGUGAAAGAAGUGAACAGCACAAUGAUGAAACUAUCCUGGCAGCCUCCUAUGGAUAUGAACAGUCCCCCUCCAGUGUACCAGCUGGAAGGGAUAGAUACAUCUUUAUUUAGUCACCUUGAUGCUGAGAGAGGAACACGGUUGCCUCGUCAUGAUUACUUCAAAUUUCCUGGUUCAACUCUGACUGUCAACGUGCACUUUACAGUAGGUAUAAAACUUGGCUUCAGAACCAAUCAACGUGAUGUUUUGAUUCUCUUUGCUGUUUCUGUGGAAAGCCAGAAAGAGUAUAAUGUGCUGCAGAUAUGGAAUAGGUGUCUUUUCUUCCUUUUUGAUCCACAGGAUUCUUGUAGCAAUUUUUGUGGUUAUGCUGCUGCUUUGUUUUCUAAGCCAAAGCAGGGUUCUACUGUUGCAAUGCCCCCAACUAAUGAUAGAGGGAAAGCAUGCAAUGGAAAUCUGUGGAGCCAAAUAUUUGCUGUAGGAAUUUGGGCUGAACCAACAAUUGUUGUGGAUAGUCAAUAUGCAGGUGACACAAAAAUCAUUGCAAAGGGGUAUGUGGGAUGCCUCAGUGACGUGCAAAUAGAGAGAGAGACUCCAACAGAGAUUUGGGAGCCAUUGGACUGGAAUAGUGUGAAGAAAAAGUUGGAUCAUCACAGCUGGGAGGGCUGUCCUAGUGUUCUUGUGGGUGGAGCACAUUUCCCAGGACAAGGUUAUCUUCUGUUGAAGCUUUGCCAGAUUGAGAACUCGGUUUUAGGUAUGCCUGGUGUUGGUCUCAGUAUUCCCUUCUGCACACCUCAAAGUAUUAGGGUUGAUCCAACAGGCUUGUUUGUAAUUGUAAACAUUAUGGCAUUGGUAAAUGUGAAUGGGCAAGUUAAGAAUGAGCUGGAUACCGAGGAAGAGCUGUAAAUAAGCUUUCCAAUUUAUCUUGAUUUUGACAAAUGCGUAAAAGAUGUUAGGUUUGCGAAAGGUGCUGUCGUAAAUUUAGCAGCAAUGUCUACUAUUGCUGUCAGAGUCAAUCUGGAUGGGUGCUUAUCAUCUGACAAUGCUGGUAACUGAAGAGCAAAUAGCUCCAUUGUUGUGUUUACUGGAGAAAAACACACUGUAUAUGACACUGGUUUGCAACCAUUUGCAGAAUAUAUUUACUGAAUCAUUGCAUCCAAUCAAGGAGGGUCAGUGAUUAGUCCUUGGGAGCAAGGUCAGGUGAAAGAAAAAGCAUCACAAAGUGUGCCGACUCCCUCAAGGAUUCGCAGUAUAAAUGGUUACAGAGUUAAAGUGAGUUGGGACGAGUCUGCUGAGGUCAGAGGUGUAAUUGAGAAGUACAUUUUCAAAGCAUACAAUGAGGACAGAAACUUGACUGGCUUGAUCUAUUUUACAAAUUAUGGCAUAACACUGGCUGUGUGCACUUUUGCUGGCUGUGCAGAAAGUGCACAAACAUGGAAACUUAUAACACCAGAAGAAGCACUCGAAGAGUGUGAUAUGCGCAGUCUGAUAUUGACAUUUGGUCUUGCCUUGGAGUCAAGUGAAGUUGAGUGCACAAAUACAUUGAACUACCAGCAACCUCCUUUGAUGAGGUCAUUUAUUCCUUCUUCACUGCUAGUGUCAUGGUCUUUACCAAAGCAGCCAAAUGGUAUUAUCACCUAUUACAUUUGUCCAAAGAUUGCUGGUAUUCAGAGACUGAACUCGGGUAGUACUAUUCCUUACAGACAACUUCCACGCUGCAGCCAUGUGUUCCUGGCAAGAUCUACACUUGUAUCGGUUGUGGUUGCAGCGUAUACAUUCAUUGGCUGUGCAAACAGUUCCCAGGUCACCUUGCUCACAGCACAACUGCCACCCCUUUACGUUGAUGCACCAGCCCUGGCUUUCUUGGACUCGAAGCAUAUAUGUCCAGUAACUUGCCUCUGCUACAGGCCAUUUAUGUUCUACGUUAUGUACCAUCAUAGCCUGUAUACAAAUAGAUUGCUGCCGGAAAACUCCUCUAUCUUACUUAGUUUUAAUCCUAAUACUCUAAUACCAUGGAGUCUCCAUACCUUUCGAGUUCAAGCUUGUACUGAAAAAGGCUGUGCAUUAGGUCCCCUGAUAAAAACCCAAACCCUGGAAUCUGUACCAAAGAGAGUGCUUGACUUGGUGAUUAUUAAAGACCCCAGUUCAAUCAAAAUUAAAUGGACAGCUCCAAGUAAGCCAACAGGAUGUUUGACAUAUUCAAUUAUUUUAAUGGGGCUCUUUUAUAGUUUAUAUGAAAGCAUAGAAGCUGAUGCAGGGGUAUCUAUAAAAGGACUUCUCCCUGAUUCAAACUAUGCUGUGCAAGUAAAUGUCUCUGAUAACCAAGAAUAUGUGAUAAGUGAUCUCACAGCAAUAAAGAUGCCUCUGGGGGCUCCAGAUGGUGUGCUGCCUCCAAGGCUCUCAUCUGCCACUCCGACCAAUCUUCAGGUUGCCUGGUCUGCACCAGCUCGUAACAAUGCUCUAGGCUUGCCUAGCUACCAGCUUCACAUAAGGCUCCCUGAUUCUGCUGGCAUCAUUCCCAGUUAUCCUAUUGCUCAUCUACAUCCAUGUACUGUGUUUGUUUUUCAAGCAGAAAGUUGUACAUCAGCAGGCUGUCUUUCAUCAACAUAACAUGUGGUUCGAGCCCUUCCUGCCACUCCUGAGAAUAUUUCUAAUGUGGAACUUUAUUCAGAGUCCCCAACCUCAGUGGUCAUAACGGGGACCCAUCCCCAACCACCAUCUCAUCCCAAUGGUAUUGUUGAUAAUGUAGUUAUGGAGAGAAAGCUUAAAGGGACCAAAGAGAUUUUUACCCUUGUGACUAAGUGUCAGUCACUCGGGUAUAUGAAUAAUUAUGGACCCCUGAACCCAUGGACCCCACAUAAGAUCUUGAUGAGCAAUAUCAAUGGAGGAACAAAUAGCAGUGCUCAGAAAGACGUGAGACCUUCAGGAGUACAGCCAACUCUCAUUCAAGUUCUAAGUCCAAAUUGUUGUCUGUGCAGCUACACCACCAUGAGCAUCGACAUGGUGCCCAAGUAUGCUGCAGUAAACCUGAUUCCUUUCACAAACUAUUCAGUGACUGUAGUUGUUUGCAUCAGUGAUAGAGGAUACACUGAAAGUUUGCCACCAACAAUUCCCCAGGAUAUUGGUCCCAUGACUGUAACCCCCAGUAAUGAAUCAUUUAUUAUUGCUUCCUGGCAGCCUCCCACCAGACCAAAUGGACCAAAUAUAAUAUACGAGUUGCUAAGGCACAAAUCCGAACAACCACUUGCACCAAAUCCCCCUGAAGAUUUAAAUCUUUGGCUGACUGUUUACUCAGGGACAUAAAUGUACUACGAAGAUAAAGGUCUUAACAGGCACCUUAGACCACCCGAACUUAAGUACAGUGCCUUUGAUCGCGAACUACUAGCGCUGGCCUGGCGAUCAGACAUUUUCGCUGACGUGAACUACACUCCGUUUGAUGAUUUGCAUUCAAACACGGAGUACUGGUUUUUCACUGAGGCCUUCAAUGGAGUCCAUGGUGCCAGGAGUGGGAUGGUGCAUGUGACAACAUCUGAUGGGGACCUUAAGGGCAUUUUACCUUCAGCAGUCAAUGUGAUCAAUAGUACAGCUGUUCAUAUUAUUUGGACUUCACCAGCAAAAGCAACUGAUCUAGUAACUGAAUAUUCCAUUUAUGUGAAUGCAAAACACUAUAGGAAUGGCACAAAUUUACCCAGAUAUUUUGUAUUAGCAGAGCUGCUUCCGUUCAUUGUGUAUGAAAUGCAAGUUUAAGUCUGCACAGUAUAUGCUUGUAUUAGGAGCAACAGUACCCAAGUCUCCACUACUGAAGAAAAAAAAACAAAUGAUAUAGAUUCGCCAUGUAUACAUGUUAUCAAUUCACAGUCUCUUAGGAUUAUUUGGACAUCCCCUGGGCAGCCAAAUAGGAACAUAAAGGGAUAUGAGAUUUAUUCUACAGAAACAGGAUGUGAUGGAGUGUUGUACAACAGUCAGCCAGACUAUGCUUGCUGUGAAGACAGAUGCAUCGGGUCGAGUUUGAAUUCUUCUGUAUUGUGUUGUUGUGGAAAUUUGCUCUUCUCCUUUGUGCUAGGGCUGGUCUAUUGUGGGCAGGACCUAGUGAAUGCAUCGAUUACCCUUUGCUGCUUGGGGCCUGAUGGAUCAAGCAAAGCCCAUAUCAUUGACAGAGCACAAGUCAAAUGAUGUGGUACUGAACUAAUAUCCAACAAUGAGCCAUGCUGUAAUGGGGUUGGUUAUAAUCCCUUGAAACUGGUCUGUGCUGACAGGACACCAGGUGGGAAGAAAAUUAUCCUGGAUUACUGUGGUUUCAAAGCCAAGGACGCCUUCUGUCUGCAGGACUUCCCAGGUAACGGAUAUUUCAAAGUUAUCUUUGGCAGUGUUGCAGGAAGUCCGAAGUUGUUGCAAGCCUUCUGGAAGAAGGCAAUUGAAGCAUCACUGUCAAAGGCGGUCACAGGGAAUGGAGUCAAUGGAAGAGAAGGCCGUAGAGAAAUGACAGGGACUGAAAACUCAGAAAGCACCUUCAAAAAUCCAAAAGACAGACAACAGCAGGACAAGCAGAGAAAAGUGAUGGAUGUCAAUGGCUUCUUGUCCAAGAAUGGAGCAUCACCUGCAAGUCAGAGCAAAUAUCAUAACAGAAGGGACAGAAAGGCAGAAGAAAAUCAAAUCCAGCCAGGAACCUGGAAGGAAAGUAAUCAACCCACUGGCUGCCAGAUCCAGGAGACUGGGAGUAAUGUGGUGCUCAACAUUCCCCAGCAUCAGGAAGCCAAGACCAGGGCUGUGCCCCACACUGCCCAUGCACACACAGCAUCCAUUGCUGUUAUGUUGGUGUUCGUCCCUGAACACUCCCUCCUUCUGGCUGGUUGCUGCCUACAAGAAGACCAGAGAGCAGGCAACGAGACAUGGAAGCUGAAUGCCAAACUGCCGACCCCAGAAAAUGUCGAGGAGCAGAAGAGGAAUCACACAGAUACCAAUUUAGAGCCAUAUGUUACAUAUGAAUACAGAACAGCUGCUUGGAAUAGUUGCGGACAGGGUUUUAGUGACAUCAGUAAAGUUACCACUGAACAAGAGAAGGGUUUGAAUCCACCCAAGUGGAAGAAAGUGAACAACAGGAAUUACAUGAUCUUGCGAAACAGGAAAGCCCCCUUAUCUCUUAUUGAACUAGGCAUUAUCGUACAUUAUAUUGUUCUACGUGAUGGGGCUAAGCAUUUUCGAGGGACAGACUUCACUUUCACUGACACUGCAGACAUUCAACCUUAUCAGGACUACGCUUAACAGCUGAGAGUUUGUACAAUUGUUCAGUCUGCAGACAGCAGCAAGUGUCUCCAGCCACACACUGACUGUACUGUCACAGUGACUGUAUGCACUUCUGCUGGAUGCAGCACAAGUCAGCCUGCAAAAGGUGAGACUCUCAAACUUCUUCAGGAGUUCUGUGGCUGUUUGAGCCUAGUGAAGCAGCAGAGGAGGGCAACAAUAUCUGAGGUGGUGAAGACUGAGGUGGUGAAGACUGAGGUAGUGGUAAAGGUCUCCCUGUCGGGCUCAGACAAAUGCUAUUUAGCCAAGCCCCAUCAUGUUAUGGUAGGUCCCACCAUAGUGGAAUUUUAUUGGAUAGAGCCAAAGAAGUCAAAUGGGAUCAUUACACAGAUCCAUUUAUGUUGUGAUGAUGCAGUGAUCUUCAUUGGUGGAAGCAUAAAUCACAAUUACAAGGUGGAGGCACAGCAGUUACUACUACUGCCACCAUCUCCAUGGCUGUAUGGGUUUCUUCCCAUAUCUCAAAGCAAUGCUGUUGAUGAGCAUGAAUAUGUGGAAAUCAUGGAAGCAUCACCUCAGGAACAAAAUUCACCAGCCAUAACAGCAGUUGCACAUGUCAAAUGGUUUGCUCGUGAAAAUCCCAAUAGAGUUCUCACAAAUUACAUAACAUGCAAGUGGCCCACUGGGAUGCAAGAAAAAUUGUUGGUUGUCAUUUGGUCCAAAGGUGCUUUGGAUUUUAUAGAUGCUUCAGAUAUGCUUCAGCCUUACACUGAAUAUGAAUAUUGUGUCAGAGCUUGCAACUCCAGGGGAUCCGUAGACAGUCUGUGGAGUUUUGUAUAAACCCUUGAAGCAGCUCCUCGCAUGGCAGCUCCCCCUUCGCAAGCCACAAGUGCGUUUUCUGUCCUAAUCUAUUGGAUCAUGCCAAGCUUUCUGAAUGGAGUUAUUUCUCAAUAUUAUGCUAUCGAUGAAGGGAGAAAAAAUGAUCCUACAGUUAACGCAUCUAUUGUUACAGCAGUGACAAUGUCGACUUUGAGUAUUUGUUGUGUUUUGUUUGAAAUAACCAAUGAGCACAGAAACAGAGAAUGCAAGUCCAAAAUUUGCAAGUGUGAAGUAAGUUUAACAAAUGCCAGUUUCUCCCUGCAGAAUCGCAGAAAAAUUACAGCAUUGAAGGAAGGUAUUCGGCCCAUUGAGACCAUGCGAGUUGGGCAAUUGUCAUGCCCAUGGACUUCUGUAUGUACCUCAGAAGCACUGCCCGGUGAGCUCAGCAAUUCCUCUGACGAGAAUAGGGAAUAUGGCUAUGUAUUGUUACUCAAGUGUUCAGAACCCAACAUCCCAAAUGGAAUAAUCAAGACAUACAAUACUUAUAGCGACAGCAAUUUGGAGUACAUUGGUUUGUCCUGUCAGUUUUUAUUCAGACACCUGAAACCCUACACAAUCUAUACCCUAGUGCUCAAAACUUUCACAAAGUCAGGCUACAUACAUUUUCCAGCACAAGAAAUAGCCUCCCAGUCUGCUUAUGCUAUUCAGUCAGUGAGUGCAACACAGAUUGAAUUGAAGUCGAUUAAACCACUUAGUGCAAAUGGAAAAAUAAUUCAGUAUGAUGUGAUUUGUCAGAGCAAUAAACAAAUUGCAAGGACUUUUAAGAAAAGAGAACUAUUGAUAGAUGAGGAGCCAGUAUUUGGGGAAUAUGAGACUGACAAAGAUGAAUAUACAUUCAUUGAUAAGAAUUUAAAACCAUGGACAAGGUACAAGUAUAAGCUAGAAUUCUAUUGGAUCAACAAAGAUACAACACUUGAAACAGCUCCAGCUUUUGUGAACUCUCCAACAAUUCAGACUAUUAGUGCAACAGAGAUCGACACUUCUUGGAAAGCAUUAAUGAUCACAGAAUCAGAAUCUAUUGAAGUAAUUUGAACAGAGCCAGCCAGGCCCAAUGGACAGAUAAGAAAUUAUGGUGUGCAGUUAUGUGACAUUAUGCUGACACAAUAUAUGGAGAACAAUUACACCAUUGCUGUCAAUAAUAGCCAAGUAGCUUCAAUUAACUCUUCAGGACAAACUUCCAGUGUGUGGAAUUAUCCAAGAACGGGAGAAGCUCCUCCUGAAGGUUUACAUCAACCCAAUUUUCCUACAUUCUUUGAAGAAACAUUAGCACAGAAAAUGAUUUAUGCAUUGGAUCCCUUUACUAAUUAUUCUAUUAAUAUAGAGACAUGCACUUGCUAUAACAAAGGACCUAAGGCAAUGUUUGUUCCUAAUCCAUCAGCUCCUGCCAAUCAACCUCUUCUACUGGCUCACAACAUAAAAUCAAUGAGUGCUAAUUUACAGUGGGACUCUCCACUGUCACCUAAUGACCUAAAGCCUUACACAAGUUAUGACCUUUAAGUAAUAACCUACAAUUCAGUGGGCAGCACAGCCAGCAAAUGGAUUACUAUUACCACAAAGGAUGAGAUGUCCUAUUUCAGAACACUAUUCAGUGUAACCAGCAACUUAACAACUAAUUAUCUGGACUGGAGUCAAACAUUCCCACUGAACGGAUAGCUCAGAGAGCGUAAGCUACCAGAGAACAAUUUUCAGACAUAUAGUGGCUUCGGCAACAGAUUUCAUAUUUCAAGAACAUCUGUAAAAACUUUUCUAUUCCAAGUUUUAUGCAUGACAGAAAUGGGAAGUGUUAGUACCCCGAUCAUCAAAUUAAAUACAGCUACAGAUGUAGGUCCUAUACUGCCCACUGUUGAUGAUAAGACAGGAGUGCUACGAUCAAACACUCCAUUCUACAAUGAACUGUGGUUCAUUAUACUAAUGGCAAUUCUUGGGUUGAUGUGCGUGGCUAUGUUCUUAUCCAUCCUACUACAGAGGGCAAUAAAUAAACAACCAUACAAACGAGAGAGGCCACCUUUAAUUCCAUUACAGAAGAGGACUAAUCUGCCUAAUGAAUCCUUCAUGUUUGAUGCUGUUGCAGCACCCUCCGAUGCUUCAAGUUCUGUCAUAUUAAAGAGUUAUACAAUGUGUUUUGAGGGGCUUAAGGACACAAAAAUUGCAGAACAUAGAUCUCACAUUAGUAAUUGCAGCAUGUCAGUGAUACAUGUGCCAAGCCAGAGUCAGCUGAGUGACGCCUGUUCCCAGACUUCCCUGCAUCGCAGUGUCAGUCAGCUCAUUGAUACCCACGACAAGAAAUCCCUGAUGGAAGGCUCAGUUUGGGAAUCCUUUGCACAGGGGCGUGACAGUGGAAUGUAUCCCGAUGAUGAAGAACUAUUGGAGUCAAUCAAAGGCUUUAGUUCUGUUACAAAAGAGCAUACAAUAUUCACAGACACCCAGUUAUAA